CUCAGAAACCCAUCCUGUUGCCCGCUAAUGCGAUGAAUCUUACGCUUUAAUCGAACGCCGUGCCCCUCCACCAUCCCCAAGAACAUCUGCAGGACCCCGUUGCACUGCAGCCCGUCUUCAACAAAGAUAAAGCGCGAUGUUGGACUGUUUCGAGAUAGUUUCGACAUCCGGGGUCGUCCUGUGGUCGAAAUCAUAUACCUCAAUCAGCCCGAGCCUCAUCAAUAGCUUGAUCAAGGACGUGUUCAUCGAGGAGCGGAGUAACGCCACGAUCGACGAGAAGGCGAACCCCAAGCCAUCCUAUAGGAAAGAGGGCUAUACACUGAAGUGGACGACUAUCAAGGACUUGGGGCUUAUAUUUGUGGCCGUAUACCAGUCAUUACUACACCUUUCGUGGAUCGAUCAGCUUCUCGACAACGUCCGGACACUCUUCAGCGAGUUAUACGGUGGCCAACUCAAGAAAUCUAGUAUCGCCAAAUUUGAGUGUGACUUUACGCCAUACUUCGACCGGCAGAUAGAGGAGUUCGAACGACUGGACAACAAUGCAAAGAGCUCGGGACCAGAGUCGAGCGUAGAUCUCACCCCGUCUAGUUCUAGUGCCGAGGAUGAGACUGGAACGGACGUGUCGCCUCCCCCUAUACCAGUUUUGCGAAAAGAGGCGCCGAAACGAGUGGUCGAUCACCCAUCCACAGAUGUUACACCCAUACCCACACCCUCUACCUCACGACCUUCUUCCCCGGCUGUGAAUCACCUGCUCACCGCGAAAGCUGGUCCCGGCAAGCAGUCUCGACGAGCGAGAAAGGCGGCAGUAGCAGCCACCUCCGCUCCAGCGUCGUCUGGCGACGAGUCAUCAGCGCGAACGAAGAAAGGCGCAGCGAAGAAGAUGCGCACGUGGGAUGCCUCUGGAUAUGCAGAUGAAGACGAGCCUGGCAAGGUGCUGGACUAUUCGGCUCCAGCGAAGGACGAUGCCAGUGACGCCGCCGCUCCGGCUAUCGAGUCGGUCAGCUCCGAGUCCUGGGGCACACGAACGAAGAAAGGGGAGUUCGUGCUCAAGGAUCUCGAUGAUGAGAUGGAUUCGAUUAUUGCGGCAGCAAAUGCGAAAAGUUCAACAGCGGAACCCUCCGCCGGAAUGCUUGGGUCGAGCUUGGGGACCAUCGGAGGACUGUUCCGAAACAUUGUGGGCGGGAAGACGUUGACGAAGGAGGAUCUUGUGAAGCCGCUGAAGGGCAUGGAAGAUCACCUGGUCAAGAAGAAUGUGGCUAGAGAAGCCGCCGAGAGGCUCUGUGAGAGCGCAGAACGCGAUUUACUGGGAAUGAAGACCAGCAACUUCACGAGCAUCGAAACCACUCUCCGAAACGCCAUGGAGGUCGCCCUCCGUAAAAUCCUCACCCCUACAACGUCCCUGGACAUCCUCCGCGAGAUCCAAUCCGUCACCAAACCCACCUCCUCCCGCCUCUCCCCCCGUCCCUACACCAUCUCCAUCGUCGGCGUCAACGGCGUCGGCAAGUCCACCAACCUCUCGAAACUCGCCUUCUUCCUCCUUCAAAACCGCUUCAAAGUCCUCAUCGUUGCCGGCGACACGUUCCGGAGCGGCGCCGUCGAGCAAUUGCGCGUGCAUGUCCGCAACCUAAAGGAGCUCGCCGCUCGCGAGGGCGGCGGGGCCCAGGUGGACCUCUACGAGCGCGGCUACGGGAAGGACGCCGCGAAUGUAGCGGGCGAUGCGGUCGCCUAUGCGAAGCGGGAGGGCUGGGACGUCGUGCUGAUCGACACGGCGGGGCGACGGCACAACGACCAGCGGUUGAUGAGCAGCCUGGAGAAGUUCGCGAAGCUGGCGAAGCCGGAUAAGAUCCUGAUGGUGGGUGAGGCACUGGUGGGGAGCGACAGCGUGCAGCAGGCGCGGAACUUCAACGCGGCGUUUGGAGCGGGGAGGAAGUUGGAUGGGUUUAUUAUUAGCAAGUGUGAUACGGUGGGGGAUAUGGUGGGGGUACUGGUCAGUAUGGUGCAUGCGACGGGGAUUCCCGUGGUGUUCUUGGGGGUUGGGCAACAUUAUGCAGAUCUCAGGACGUUGAGCGUGAGCUGGGCGGUCAAGCUCCUUAUGAGUUAAACGUCGCAACGGAAGCACUCCGACAAAUUAAUGACAUCUUAUUACAUAUGCGGGCGUCCAUCG